UGUGUGUGUGGGGGGGUGGUGGUGGUUAGUGUGUGAGAGUGUGUUUGAGUGUUCAGUAAUCACCCAACAACACACUCGUUCCUGACGCUGGCCACAGCGCACAACUGACAGCUGUUGGACAAUUCUGCGUUUUCUUCUCCAAAAACAAGAAAAACAGUCGACACAAUGGGCAAAGGUUGUAUCUCGGCCACCAAGUACUUUCUGUUUCUCUUCAACUUCCUGUUCUUCAUCUUUGGAGCCCUGAUUAUGGGUUUUGGACUCUGGAUCCUCCUGGACAGUCAGAGCUUUAUUGCAGUCUUGCAGGACUCGUCAACAGAACUGAAGGUGGGCACCUGCAUCGUGAUUGGAGUCGGUGCCUUCACCAUGCUGAUGGGAUUCCUGGGUUGUCUGGGAGCAAUCUAUGAGAUCCGCUGUCUGCUUGGACUGUACUUCACUCUCCUGUUCCUCAUCCUCAUCGCUCAGGUGGUUGCUGCCGUCCUCAUCUAUUUUCAGCAAGAAGAGCUGAGAACGAAGACGUCGGAGAUCGUGACCAAAAUCGUGGCGAAAUACCAGGGACAGAACAAGACGGCAGAACACACCUGGGACUACAUUCAGAGGACCAUGAACUGCUGUGGCUGGACAGGCUCCUCAGACUGGGACAAAAAUCCUGUGAUUGCCAACAGCUCUCAGAAGUUGUACCCCUGCUCCUGUCGCAACGCCUCCAUUGCAGGAGAAACCACCGACAGAGACCGAGGCUUCUGUGUGACUAAACCUGAUGAAUGGCUUACGAUAACUUACGAUAAGGGCUGCAUGUACAAUGUGGAGAGCUGGCUCUUCACCAACUAUGGAGUCAUUCUAGGAAUCUGCCUCGGAGUGGCUGUUAUUGAGCUGCUCGCCAUGAUCCUGUCCAUGGGCCUGUGUAAGAGCAUACACCAUGAAGAUUACACCAAAGUGCCGAAGUAUUAAAGAAGAAGCACACACACACACACACACACACACACACACCCCACACACACAAAUAUUGUUCUUUUCUCCAUAGUUUACAUGUUUUUAUUUACUUUUUGAAAAAUCUUACACCCAAAAAAACAAAGAAAGCUUUAGAACUUGUGUAAACUUGUGAAAACACAUCCGGCUGAGUGUGUAACACAUUCUGCUUUUGUUAUUACACCACGUUUGUCUCCCGUAAGAUAAAGCGUGCACCAUUUUGGUAACAUCGUGACUCUCAGCGCUCUCUCACCUCUUCACACCUUUAUUGUAUGACACUUCUUUUCUUUUCUUUUCUUUUCUUUUCUUUUCUUUUCUUUUCUGUUCUUUUUUUUCAUUUGUACAUCAAUGUUUUUGGUUAUUUGUGGUUUUUCAUUUGUAUAUAAUUUAGUGCUGCUUUAAUUUAGCACGUUUUGUGGUUUAUUAUGGGAUUUCACCUUCUAAAAAUCUUCAGUUACAGUUGUUUUUGUUUUGUUUUUCUGUACAGAUUGCAGAUUUUUCACUUUUUUUAUUUCUUUGAUUUUAUCCCUAUUAUAUCUUAAUAAUCCGGUUACUUUCAUUUUGUGCACUUGCGACUCCUUUUGGUGUUUUAUGAAAAAAAACAUUAAUCUCUUUAAUUAUAAUCCGGACAUUUGGUGUAUGCACUCUGUUUUUAGGGAAAAGUAAAAAUACAAGCAUACUUUAAAAAAAUAUAUAAAUCUUGGAUGAACCCUUUGUCUUAUUAUUAUAUUGUUUUGAAUUUUCCAGUUUUUCUAGACUUUUUUUUGUAUAUUUGAAGAAAGUAUAUACACAGAAACUGUCAGAACAUCUCAUGGUUUUGUUUGUAACGGAGAACAAAUUGUCCUGAGAAAUAAAUCUAAAUUUUAUUUUUUUUUUUAUGGCAUUUGGAAAGAAAAGUCUUUUUUAUAAACCUGGAGUACAUUUUAAAACCAAGUGUGUCUGUUAAACAAAGACUUCCAUGUGUUAAAAAUAAAAUCUGUUACAAUAAAGUGAACUCACUCGG